AUGAAAGGCGGGGAGGGGGACGCGGGCGAGCAGGACCCGCUGAACCCCGCGGGCGACAGCCCAGCAGCCUCGGCCACCUACCGAGAGUUCGUGCACCGCGGCUACCUGGACCUCAUGGGGGCCAGUCAGCACUCGCUGCGGGCGCUCAGCUGGCGCCGCCUCUACCUCAGCCGGGCCAAGCUCAAGGCCUCCAGCCGCACGUCCGCCCUGCUCUCGGGCUUCGCCAUGGUGGCCAUGGUAGAGGUACAGCUGGAAAACAAACAUGAAUACCCACCGGGCCUGCUAGUGGCCUUCAGUGCCUGCACCACCGUGUUGGUAGCUGUGCACCUCUUUGCGCUCAUGGUCUCUACAUGUCUGCUGCCGCAUAUUGAAGCCGUUAGCAACAUCCACAACCUCAACUCGGUCCACCAGUCACCACAUCAGCGCCUCCACCGCUACGUGGAAUUAGCCUGGGGAUUCUCCACUGCCUUGGGUACCUUCCUCUUUCUUGCUGAAGUUGUCUUGGUUGGUUGGGUCAAGUUUGUACCCAUUGGGGCUUCUUUGGGCACGUCAGCUCCUGCGGUACCUACCCCCCAGAUCCCUGGGACUCUGCCACCAGUGACUACCUCUCUUAGCCCAACUUCCAAAGUCCCACAGUCCUCAGAUUCUGUUGCCCCAUCACAGGUGGGGUCACCUGAGCCUUGCCCACCCCGACAAGUGUGUAGUGGUGGUGGUGAGAAGGGCCAUGGACCAGGCUGGCAAGCAGCCAUGGCCUCCACCGUGAUAAUGGUACCUGUUGGGCUUGUGUUUGUGGCCUUUGCCUUGCAUUUCUAUCGCUCUCUGGUGGCACACAAGACUGACAGGCACAAGCAGGAGCUAGAGGAGCUGAGUCGCCUGCAGGGGGAGCUGCAGGCUGUGUGA